AUGGCAGAGAUUCUCGAGAAGAUCAACGAGCUUCGAGCAUUGCCAGAAGACCAACAUCUCUUCUGCCCUCGCGUUGGUGAAGAUGGAACCAUAUACUACGACGAAGAUGUGGCCAACUACCCACCCGAGACCGACCCGGCCGCACUCAAAGACCGCGAAUUACGGAUACAAGAAGCCGAGGAACGGAAGUGGGCAGCACUGAAGGCAACUGAGAUUCUAGCUUUUGACGGAGAGGAGGCAGCACCGCACAAAGAAUGGCUAUUGAGUCGGCUGAACCAGCUGAUGCAGAGCUGUGAUGUCUGCGUCCGGGUGUUCCACCAAUCUCGAGCGGAGUGGAAGACACGGCUGGUCGACACGUAUGAUGAGGGGAAUAUCGGAGACUUCUUGAAUGUGGUGGACGACCAAUGCCUUGGGCGUAUACAAGCCGGUCUGGACAAGGCAACCGCGAUACUAAGCAGCGCAGAGCCCAAGGCUCGUGGUGUGCGGAUACUACCAGGACAGUGCACAUAUGCUUUUUUCGAAGCAUUGAGCUGCGACGCAUUGGUACGGAACGAGGAUCGCCUCACUCAGCACUUUGACGCCCCGUUCGAUCUCGUACAGACCAAGAAGCGAUUAAAGGUCCAGACCUACCUUCCUGCCAUGACUCGGUUCCUGUUCAGUAAGAAGGAGCGCCGCCAAAGGUGGGCUGCACUUUCUUGGUCAACCUCCAAGCGCAAUCUUAUCAAGUCAGAGUUCGAGUGGGCCGUGCGAGACUACAUGAUCAGCGCCAUGAUGAAGAUUCAGAUGAACAACCUCGACAUCGAGCUUGUUCCAAUAUUCUGGAGUGGAGCUCGGCUCAUCAUAAGCAAGAUGGAUAGGGAACUGAUCACGGAAUAUAUUCGUGGCCUAGACGGGAACUUCUACCGGUUGAUGCUCGAUCACCUCUCAUUGAAGUCGGAGGCUUUCCUUGACAUACUCGCUACGAUGGAGGAAUUGUUGAAAAAGGCACCGGUCGACUUCUGGGAAGGCAUGAAUGCUGUGACUCCCUCCAUCGCAACGGUAGUGGAACAAAUUCUUAACAGCCCUGUCCUACAACAAGUGCUCAUUGCAGCAAACGAAGGGGACGAGCAGGGCAUGUCCAACCUCAAAGCGUCAUUCAGCUGGAUACCGCUCUUUGUCGCGUCUAUCAAGCCAGCAAAUCUUGGUCCAGCGACUAGGCCGUUUGCCCAGGCGCUUUUCGGUCGGUUUCAAGACGGACGAUAUCCAUCAGUCUCUAAAGCUAUGUGUUAUCGCGAGGGUUUGAAAGUGCUGGAAUUUACUUUCAAGAAGAUGUGCGAAGGCAAGACAAUAGACAAGUUUGUGGGGCAGCCCACGGUCAACGGCAUGAUGGACAUGUUUUCAACACAUGUUCAGCUGUUGGUGUCGAGACUGAAGCAAUUUGGCGACAGUGACACCGAUUUGGAGGAUCAAGACCUGACCUUGACUGUGAUCCAGAAUGCUUUUUUACUCGAGGCUCAGUCUUUGCUCAUUGAGAGACAGCUAAUCUCUGCAAAGAAGCCUUCUCCAACAGAGACGCCAUCGUCUGCACCGAUAUGGAAAACUAUACUGAAGGCGAUCGACCACCAGAGCUUGGAGCUUGCUUCCCAUUUACUGGUCGCGGGGAGAAGCCUGAUUGGACUUGAGCCUCUAUCGAUGAAGUCUGGCAUCGAGAAGAUCCCUGCUGAAGUGCGCCACUUCAACGACCGCUUUAAGCUUUUAUCUCAGUCCGUCACAGAUGUGGUUGAUCGGCUCUCUGAGUUCAACCCUUCGCAGCUGCACGCCCUUUUCGAAAAGCCGGUCGCAGCAAGUGCGAUCGUCUCAUUGCUGUUUUCAUCGACACAGGACACCAGAAGCUCAGCUAUUGAGCUGAUGAAGGUUAUCAGCUUGGAAGAGGAGCGACGAAACGCUCUGCAGUACAUUCUGAAGAACUACUUUAAGAACGUAGUCAUGGGUAUUUCGGACUCGGUUCGUCAGGUCAUGCGCAAAAAGGCUUUCGCUCCUACACCAAGUAUGAUCAGGACGUGUAGGGACGUCAUCGAUGUUCUGUGCAACUCACAGGAUGGUAUAUUACGAACCAAAGAUCUGAACACUGCAGAAGCAGCGGCGACGAUGACUCUGUGGAAGAACCUAUGGGAUUCGUUGACCAUGAUCUUCGCGACUACGGAGGCUUGGAGCAAUCUGGGUUUCUACGACAAGCAGAUGAUGAUGGACUUCUGUCGAGAUACUAUGCAAUUUGCUGACGAAGUCUUCGACCAGUGCAGUAUCUUCGCGACUGCGUUGAAGAAGCAAGCUCGUUCAGGUGAUGACGAGAGCAAGGCCAAGACGGAGCUUUUGCAGGAGCUGCUCGAACUUCCAGCGAAUGCCAUGGAGGGCUUAGCAAAGUGGUUGCGUCUUCGAGAUGAGUUCCUGUCAAGCAAGUCCGUCACUCUCAUCAGUAAACUGCUUGUUCGCCUGCACAACGUAUCCAUUGAGAUCAACACUGACACACUCUCUUACAUGGAGAGGAUUUUGACCGGCGACAUCCGCGCCAAGCUCAGCACUACACAACAGGCUGAGCUGCAACAAGCUCUUGAAACCCAUCUUGGUCAUUCCAUCGUCAAAGAAGAGGAAUCCGUACAGCCAAAGCAAGCUUCCAUUAGCAAAUGGAUGUCUACCGGCGCAGCAGCAUCGCCAAGCGACGCAAAGGCGAGGCUGUUGUCAAGCCUUACUUCAGGUUCGGUCGCCUUCAAAGAGAAACGCGAAGCGAUGCGAGCCUCAGAAGCGAAACUUGCCAAGCAAAAGGCUCUCGAUGCCCAGAAGAAUGCUUCUCAAGAUGAGUUUAGGAGGAAACGUCAGCUCGAGCUACAGAGGCGCGAGAAAGAGAAGGCCGCCGCUAUCGCCAAAGCCAAACAGGCUCGAGGGCUUACGCAGACUAACGAGGCAGGCUCGGGGCUCGAAGGCCUUGGUGUGCUGGGUAAAGACUCAGCAGCUAAGGGAGAAGGUCUCAUGCACUCAUCUGAUGAGUCCGAAGACAGCGAUGGCGAUAUUGACGAGGAUCUUUUCGGGAUCAAGAAGCCGAAGGCAACCACUGGGCCGAAAACCAACAUUGUCAACGAAGUCAAGAUUCAAAUGCCGUUCAAGAAGAAGAGGGUACAGCGCUCAAUCAAGGAUAUGCGAGCCCGUCUUGCUCCUGACUUGUCUUCACUCCAUAGGGCGAUCCUCAGCUGGGACUACUACUACGAAGGCGACUACCCACCAAACUCGAACCCUGGAAUCUACUCCAAAGUACUCAACACAUUCCGAACACCAAAUGAUUACCAGGCGACCUUUGAACCUCUUUUGACACUUGAAGCGUGGCAAGGAUUUGUCAAAGCUCGUGAAGAAAACCAGAACAAAGCUUACGAAGUCCGUAUCACGUCACGGGCAAGUGUCGAUAUGUUCCAGGAAGUCGGCAGUACGAUGACACACGAAGAGAACCGCGACAUUUUUAUCUCUGAAGGCGACAUCAUUCUCCUUUCGCGGACGAAAACACCUUCUGCUGAGGUGCCAACAUGUCUUGCUAGGGUGUUCCGUGUCAAAAGGAAACAGCAGCACAUUGAAGUAUCCUACCGCGUGGUACCUGGUAACCCCCUCUCGUCCGCUCUAAACCCAAGUAGCGCUGUAUUUGGAGUAAAGCUGCAGUCCAUCACUCCGCUUGAGCGCGAGUAUGGCGCGCUGAAGGGUCUUCAGUACUACGAUCUGUGUGAUGAGAUCAUACGGGCGAAGCCAUCACCUCUUUUGACGUACAGCGACAAACAGACCGAUUCGUUGAUGGAAAACUACAAUCUGAACAGGGCACAAGCCAAGGCAGUCAAAUCAGCUAUCGACAAUGAUGCUUUCACGUUGAUCCAAGGUCCUCCUGGUUCCGGAAAAACUAAAACUAUUACUGCCAUUGUCGGGGCGGUUUUAUCCGACGCUUUACGUAGAGGUGGUACAGCUGUACCUAUUCCCGGCGGGCAGCAGCGAAACGAUACUGCAGCAAAGAAGUUGUUAGUCUGCGCACCCAGCAACGCUGCUGUUGAUGAACUGGUCAUGCGUUUUAAAACUGGCGUCAAGACUUUGGGCGGUGAAGAGCGCAAACUCAAUAUUGUACGUCUUGGUCGCAGUGAUGCUAUCAAAGCCAAUGUCCAGGAUGUCUGUCUGGAAGAGCUUGUCAGCCAGAGGUUGGGCACUUCCAACCCCAAAAACAACGACCGUGAGGCGACGCAGAAGCUAUUCACAGACCACAAAGCGAUAUCGGAGAAGCUCAGGAAUGCCAUUGCGCAAAUUCAAACCGGUGAGCUGAAGGGAGAUGAUGCCACAAAACUCCAGGACGAUAUCAACGCUCUCCGAAAGCAAAAGCAGAAUCUUGGGACCAAGAUCGACAACGCGAAGGAUGACGAAAAGCUAGCUGGUCGUAACGCGGAUCUCAAUCGUCGACGAGCUCAAGAAGCGAUUUUGAACGAUGCACAUGUCAUCUGCGCAACGCUCAGUGGCUCCGGUCACGAAAUGUUCCAAGGUCUUAGCAUUGAGUUUGAAACAGUCAUAGUGGACGAGGCCGCGCAGUGUGUUGAGAUGAGUGCUCUCAUCCCUCUCAAGUACGGAUGCGCUAAGUGUAUCCUUGUUGGUGAUCCCAAACAGCUGCCACCGACGGUCUUUUCGAAAGAAGCUGCCCGCUUUGCGUAUGAGCAGAGUUUGUUCGUUCGCAUGCAGAAGAACCAUCCAGACGAUGUCCAUCUUCUGGAUACGCAGUAUCGUAUGCAUCCUGAAAUCAGUCUGUUCCCGAGCCAAACGUUCUACGACGGCAAACUCCUGGAUGGUGGUGACAUGGCUGGUCUGCGUAAGCAACCUUGGCACCAGAGUAUGCUCCUUGGACCAUAUCGAUUUUUCGACGUUCAGGGUCAGCAAUCAGCUGCACCUAAGGGUCAUUCGCUUAUCAACAGAGCGGAAAUUGAUGUUGCUCUACAGUUGUACAAGCGACUGACCAGCGACUACUCCAGCUAUGACUUCAAAGGCAAAGUCGGCAUCAUCACCCCCUACAAGAGUCAACUCAAGGAGCUGAAGAGCCAAUUCACAUACGUCUAUGGCGCUAAUAUCAUCGACGAAAUUGACUUCAACACUACCGAUGCAUUCCAGGGUCGAGAAAGCGAAGUCAUCAUUUUCUCUUGCGUGCGUGCGUCUCCGGCAGGCGGGAUCGGUUUCUUACAGGAUAUCCGUCGUAUGAACGUUGGCCUCACACGUGCCAAGUCCUCGCUGUGGGUCUUGGGUAACUCACAAUCGCUUGUCCGUGGAGAGUUCUGGAAGAAGCUCGUCGUGAACGCGAAAGAAAGAAAGAGAUACACAGAUGGUAACGUGAUGAGGAUGCUCAGUGAACACUCCAACAAGUACCCAGCGCCCAAAGAAGGGUAUGUCAAAUCGCAUCGUCCAACGCCGGAGGUCAAAUCUGAGCCAAUGAGUGGAAACGGAAGUGGCCAGUCUCAUGGAAACGGUGCUUUCAAACAGGCAAACGAGCAAGAGGUCAAACAAGAGGACCAGCAAGAGGUUAAGAAAGAGCUAGGCCUUGUGCACCAUGCAAAGCGCAAGCUUAGCGAUAGCCCGGUCGUCAAAGCCGAGAGAAAUGGCGACGACUUCGACAUGAUCGAUGCCCCGUCCGACACGGCGUCUAACGCCAACACCAAUGCUUACAACGGAGGCAGUGGUCGCUCAACACCCGCCGCAUUCUCUGAUGCGAAUGCAAGGAGUUCGCCAGCGGUCGACAGUGACCGAGCCAAUACGCCAAAUCAGGAUAUGCUGGGCGGGGUGCGGGCGAAGCCUAAGAUCAAAAAGAGGCCGAAGCCCAGUGGGCCUUUCAUCGACAACAGACCUAAGAAACCAAGGACAGGGUAA